AACGAGAAAAGAUCGGAAUCUCUCCAUCGGUGAAGCGCCGCCGUAAUUAGAAGGAGGAAACUUGUAAUUUAUGUGUAGCAGCGGUUAGUGUGAGGAAGGAGGAGAUUUUGUAUAUAGUUAGAAUUUGUUUCGAAGACGAACGAUGUCGCUGAGAAUUAAAUUAGUGGUGGAUAAGUUUGUGGAGGAGCUAAAGCAAGCACUUGACGCUGAUAUACAAGAUCGGAUCAUGAAGGAGAGAGAGAUGCAAAGUUAUAUUGAAGAGCGUGAGCGUGAAGUCGCUGAACGAGAAGCUGCCUGGAAAGCUGAGCUCUCUCGCCGUGAGACGGAGAUUGCUAGACAGGAAGCGAGGUUGAAGAUGGAGAGAGAGAAUCUGGAGAAGGAGAAGAGUGUUCUCAUGGGGACUGCGUCAAAUCAGGAUAAUCAAGAUGGUGCUCUUGAAAUUACUAUGCUUGGAGGAAAUACAGUGGCAACACCGGAACAUAUCUUUCCGUUUUCUUCUGUUCUUGUGGUUUUGCUUGAACGUGUCAACAUCUUAUGGCAUGAAGAGAACGAAAGAUGGCCAGGAUUACAAGCAAAGAAAAUGGAGAGCGAUUCAGAGAUGGUUCCGUUUCCUCAAUUACCGACGCCAAUAGAAACCAACUACAGAGCUUGCACAAUUCCUUACAGAUUCCCUUCUGAUGAUCCCAAGAAAGCCACUCCAACUGAAAUCUCGUGGAUCAACGUCUUCGCUAAUUCCAUUCCUUCUUUCAAGAAACGUGCAGAGAGCGAUACAACGGUUCCAGAUGCUCCUGCUAGAGCUGAAAAAUUUGCAGAAAGAUAUGCUGGAAUUCUUGAAGACUUGAAGAAAGAUCCAGAGAGCCAUGGCGGGCCACCAGAUGGCAUUCUUCUAUGCCGACUUCGUGAGCAAGUACUCAGAGAGUUGGGAUUUAGGGACAUAUUCAAGAAAGUGAAGGAUGAGGAGAAUGCAAAGGCUAUAUCACUAUUUCCUGAAGUUGUCAGUCUGAGUGAUGCUAUUGAAGAUGACGGAAAACGAUUAGAGAAUUUGGUGAGAGGGAUAUUUGCUGGAAACAUCUUUGAUCUGGGUUCUGCACAGCUUGCUGAAGUUUUCUCAAGGGAUGGUAUGUCUUUCUUGGCUAGCUGUCAAAAUUUGGUUCCACGACCAUGGGUCAUUGAUGACUUGGAAAACUUCCAAGCCAAAUGGAUCAAGAAGUCUUGGAAGAAGGCAGUGAUUUUUGUUGAUAAUUCUGGUGCAGACAUAAUUUUGGGUAUUUUGCCAUUUGCAAGAGAGUUGCUCCGUCGAGGAACUCAGGUGGUGCUGGCUGCUAAUGAGCUACCAUCUAUCAAUGACAUAACAUAUACCGAGCUUACAGAGAUCUUGUCACAGUUGAAGGAUGAAAAUGGCCAAUUGAUAGGCGUUGAUACUUCGAAGCUUCUGAUUGCAAAUUCGGGGAAUGACUUACCAGUUAUCGAUCUCGCAAGAGUAUCACAGGAGCUUGCUUACCUUUCAUCUGAUGCCGACUUAGUCAUCUUAGAAGGCAUGGGUCGUGGAAUUGAGACAAACCUUUAUGCUCAGUUCAAGUGUGAUUCUCUCAAGAUCGGAAUGGUGAAGCAUCUUGAAGUAGCAGAGUUUCUCGGAGGACGGCUUUAUGACUGUGUCUUCAAAUACAAUGAAGUUCAGAGCUAAUUAUAUUUUAGUAAUCGCCAGUCUCACUUCUCUCCUACUGUGAUUUUUUACUGAAUCGGGUUCAAAAUAUAGGAUACAAAGAGUAAUACUUUAUGCUCCUUUCCAUCUUGAUAUGGUAAUUCAAUAAGAAAAAGAUUUGUUUUUC